GUGUGGUUCCAGAACCGGCGCGCCAAGUGGCGGAAGACGGAGAAGACGUGGGGCCGCUCCACCAUAAUGGCCGAGUACGGCCUGUACGGCGCUAUGGUGCGCCACUCGCUGCCGCUGCCGGAGACCAUCACCAAGUCGGUCAGCGAGGACAAGGACUGCCCGGCGCCCUGGCUCCUCGGCAUGCACCGCAAGUCCAUGGAGGCCGCCGAGCAGCUGAAAAACGUCGCGGACGACGACACUGGCAGUCUGCCGGGCAGCGGGGACGAGCGGCCGCCGGCCGAGCUGUGCCUGCCGCCGCCGCCGGGCGCCGCCGAGUCCGAGCCGCCCGCCGGACCCGACUUCCGCAGCAGCAGCAUCGCGGCGCUGCGGGCGCGCGCGCAGGAGCACAGCGCCCGCCUGCUCAGCGACGCCGCCCAGAUGACCUCGGCCAUCCUGCAGCGGGGCGCAGCGGACGCCACAGCGCCCCCUGAGCAGCCGGCGGCAGGCAUCGGCUGCCUGUUCUGAGGGAGGGUAGGCAGGCUGUCUAUUUGGAGGGAGGCUGGCUGUGCCUCCCUUCUCUCCAUCAAGAAGGGAGGCAGCUGCUCUAAGGGAGGGUGUGGCAAGCUGUCUGUUCUGCGGGAGCAAGCAGGCGAAACUUGAGUAUAUGAUGGCAGGGAGUUUGAUGGGAUGGAAAAGUGAAACGCUUUGGAUUUUGAACAGCUCAGGAGCACGAUCGAAGGCUGAGCUUUUUGGAACGCAAGGAACCCAGGGAGUUCGAUCUGAGCUAGAACCUCAGCUUCUACACCCCAAAACUAUCACAGCUUGGGUGAGUCGCCAAAACUGGGACUGGUCCUGAGCGCUGUCGAAUGUCGAUACAGGAAUGCCGAUGUCGAUGUCGAAUGUCGAUGUCGAUACCAUGGUAAGCGGUACGCUCAUGGUGUCUGUUGCUAUAAUCAAUAAUAGUCCCUCAGCCAGGCAGGCCGGUUUAUGGGAGCGUCACCACUCUGCAAUGUCGGGCCCGGUCAGGUGUAUUCGUAUUAUGAACGGUCACAAGAGGUCCGACGGGAGAUGGGUGCGGUGACAAAACAAAUACGGUCAAUAUUUGGUCGGAAUAGAGCGCUACGACCGUCAUGUCAUGUCAUUACUGUCAGCUUUAAUGUCUAAUGGAAUGUUGAAGCAGGAUGCGUAGGAUGAGUGAGCGCAAGAAUAACUGAUUUUAACUAUUGUCGGAUUGAGUGUAUAUGAGUAUACAUACACUCAGUUAUGUCGGAGUUUUAUUGUGACAACGCGACACUAACCGUCAGCAGUUGUAUGUCAGAGACAGCUGCUGGGUCUUAUUCGUGUACCUAUGAAUGCACAGUGAAUGCAUGCGUCAGGAGUUUUCAACACAUGUUAACACUACAAGUACACGUGUGUAUUUACUAGUUGCGCAUAUUUGUAAUACUUUACUUGAUGUAAAUGUGACCCCACCCCUGCCAGUCAGCUGGAUGCCAGUGUUAACAAGUGUGAGACGCCGUUCUUCAUAGAGAAUCAGGCACUAAACUAUACCUAAACUUGUGUUUCCGGUUACCUCGUGUGAACCUGUUGCAAAACUCGAGCAAUGAUGAAUGUCAAAAUAAAACUAAACACAAG